GAGCAGCUCCUCUGUGGAAAUGGCCACAGAAAGCAUUUUCUCUUCUAUAGAGUAGCUCCAUGAAGCAGCUGAGCGGCUCCUGAACAGAGUUGGUGUCGGGAUGAAGGGAGGCGUGGAGCUGCUGCUGCUGCUGCUGCUGUGGUCUGUGGAGAGCAGCAGUUUGUCUCCUCCAGGGAAACCGGUCCUGCUCGGCUGCAGGUCCCCGGAGAAGGAGACAUUCACCUGCUGGUGGAAGCCGGGUUCGGAUGGAGGGCUGCCGACGGAGCACCACCUCUACUACGAGAGAGAACGCUUGGAGGGAACCCACGAGUGUCCAGACUACCGCUCAGCAGGAAGCAACUCCUGCUUCUUCGACAGGAAACACACGUCCAUCUGGGUGGACUACGUGCUGACGGUGGUGGCCUCCAGCGCCCUCGGAAACGUCUCGUCAGAUCCGCUCAAGUUCGACGUGAUGGAAAUCGUGAAGCCCUACGCUCCUGAAAACGUGACUCUGGUGGUGGAGGAGAGACCGGAGAGUCCACAUCUCCACGUCACAUGGAAGCGUCCCUCCAACACGGACCCCAGGUCCGGCUGGGUCACCAUCAAAUACCAGCUGAGGGUCAAACAGGAAAACAACAACGACUGGAAGAGCUACACAUCAGGGACACAGACCUCCUUCAGCCUGUACAGCGUCAGUCCUGGGGCGGCGUACCUGGUUCAGGUGCGCUGCAUGCUGGACCACGGCUCCUGGAGCGAGUGGAGCAACAGCACCUUGGUGAAAAUCCCAAACUAUGUUCAGAGCCAGAGACCCUUCCAGAUGCUGGUUUCCAUCUUCUCUGCAGUUCCAGUCGUAGCAGCGCUCUGCGUCCUGGUCACCAAGUGGAAAUAUGUCAAACUGUGUCUCCUGCCUCCUGUUCCUGGUCCAAAGAUCCGAGGCGUCGAUGUUCAGCUCCUCAAGAGCGGGCAGUCUGAAGACGUCCUCAGCGCCCUGAUUGUCAGCCAGAACUUUCCUUCUGCGGUGACCCGGAAGGACCAGAUGGAGGACUACGUAGUGGUGUCUGACAGCAGCGAGUGGCUUCUGCCGGCUUCCUCCAAGUCUCAGAAGAAGAAGAAAAGCUUGAUCAUUCCUGCUGGGUUCCACUUAGACUCCAAACUCCAGUGGAAGGCGUCGAGCCAAGCUGAGGAGAGCAGGAACGAAACAUCUGACCUGGAGCCUCCACAGCUGCCUUCUCAGAAACAGACGUUCUCAGGUGCAAACUCUGCGGCAGCGAAUCUGCACACAGGAGCUCCUGAGAAGCCCGUCCAGCCGCUCGCUAACAACGGCUAUGUGGAUAUUCAGAGGCAGGAGAGCAUGCAGGUGGACUACAGCAGAGUGAAGGAGGUGAACGGAGACGAUGUCCUCAUCCUGCAGAAGGAAACGCUCAGUGUGGACGUUCAGAGACGAGAGAGGAGAGGGUCAGAGGACUACAGCCGGGUGAAGGAGGUGAGCUCUGACAGCGUGGUUCUCCUGCAGAGGCAAAAUGACUGUUUCUGUAAAGAGAAGGGAAACCAUUGCUGCACCAAUCAGACGCCCAGAAUCCCUCAUGUGACCGGACCCAGUAGCGUGUGCACAGAUCUGAGUGGACAUUCGUGGACGUCAGAGGAUACACCGUCUGAGACCCAGAGUGGAACUUCUUCACAGUUGUAGACGUGUUGCUGUGAAAUCUCCUCCAUGACCUCUGCUUAUUGUCCUUCUGUGUUCCCUUCAGCACCAACAGCAGGUCGAAGCUUUCACUUGUUCACUUAUUUGAUAUUUGGAUAAAUGCACAUGUCAUGGUUCCCAGAGGAUGUACUAGAACAUGGAUGUGAGUUUAAACUGUGGCCGAGGCUUCUUUAGAACAUUUCAAGCAGAAAACUCUUCAUUUUCUGCAUUCUGGUGAUUUUUAUGCACCAGUUUGUGUCCUUCUUGCAUUUUUUCAUGUUAGAAAUGUCCCAUAAAAUCCAUGCACAAGGUGACAACUCAAGCUAUGAUGUAAUAUGAGGCUCUCAGGCCUUAUGUGUUGUUUUUACAUAUUUAUUUUCCUGUCGCUCAGAUUUUCUCCUUUAAUGUUUGUGUCUUCUGUUUGAGGUGCACAUGGCAUCUUUUAAUUCAUUUAAAAUAGCCUCAGAUAACGACUCGUAUGUGUUCCAGCGAGAUUUCUGCUCACGUUCAAAACUUCCUGUGUAUUUAAAACAUAAAAGACGUGUUCUGUCUGUGUCUUGGGAUUGAUUUUUAGGAAUUAUGUGCAUCUCUGUAAACAGGAAUACAGCAAAUGUUGGACAUAAAUAAUUAAAAUGUUGAUCGACUCUAUUA